GCUGAUAGAGCACUGGGCCGGGAGCACUCAGGGUGGGAGCUGGGGGGGUGCCUGCUGCCGGCUCUGUCAUCUCGCCCCCCCCCAACCUUUCAGGACGACGAGGCGGGACCGGCCGUGCCCAAGUUACAUGCAGGAAUCGGGGCGGCAUGUGGGAUGUCACAUUUCGGGCCUCUCGGGCCUGACGUCCUACACCUAUUUCCUGGUCAACGGCAGCAGCUCUCGAACCCAGAUCCGCUUCUUCGACACCGUCUUGUCGCUCAAGAAAAUUGGGUGCGAGGUCUACGACCCGCCCCGGAACAUCUCGGUGAACUGCAGCGCGGCCCACUGCCUGGUGCGCUGGGUCAAGCCGCGGACGCGGAGUCUGAAGGGGGACCUGGAGUUCCAGUACCAGCUGCAGCUGCACCGGCUGAGCCGACCCGCCAGGCCCACCCAGACCCGGACCCCCACUCCAACGACCACUAGCACCCAGUGUAGACGCCUCUCUGACCCUGCACCAAGCUCCCUGCACCCCGUCCGGACCAGGAUCCCGCCUGCCCCGUGUCCCCCGCCUCUGCCGUCCACACCGGGCCCCCGCCCAGCAUCUCUCCCGCAGAUCCCUGUGCCGGGGUCCGAGGAGAACCAGUACAAGCUGCUCAAGCCCCCCGGCCGGCUCAGCCUGCAGAUGAGGAGUGCCAACGCCCGCCUGGAUGCAGGGGACCCCUGGGGGUCCUGGAGCCGGCCGCUGCCCUUCGGUUGUGAAGAGCCGACGUCCAGCCUGGCGUACGUGUACGUUCUGGUGGUGCUCGGGACCCUGGUGUGUGCCUGCGUCCUGCUCUUCGUGUACCGCAGGUUCCUGGGGACCUCCACGCUGUUUUCACGCAUCCCGCAAGUCAGAGAUAAACUGAACGAUGGACAGCAGGUGGACCAGCAGGUCCCCUGGGAGAAGUGCCUGGCCACCGAGGGAAAGACGGACAGUGAGCACAUACUCGUGGUGACCUUGCAGGAAGAUACACAGACCCCGCCGUGCCUGGGAAGCUACCAGAAGGCUGGAUCCAGUUGAGCCUGAAGGCGUGCUGAGCUGUGAUUGUUUUGACUUGUUGCGUUUUUGUUUUGUUUUGUUUUGUUUUGUUUUGUUUUUUUUGCUUUUUGGGUCACACCCGGCGAUGCACAGGGGUGACUCCUGGCUCUGCACUCAGGAAUGACCCCUGACGGUGCUCAGGAAACCAUAUGGGAUGCUGGGAAUCGAACCCGGGUCAGCUGCAUGCAAGGCAAACGCCCUCCCCGCUGUGCUAUUGCUCCAGCCCCUGCUGGUUGUUUUUUUUUUUUAAAUGAAAGCGAUG